AGACCCAGACACACAGAGAGAAAGACAGAGAGAGUGAGAGAGAGCAGGUGCUUCUUCAACAAUCAAAGUGCAUGUCAACGUUUGGAGAGAGAAAGAAAAACCCAGAUAGAUAUAUAUAUAUAUUACACUUUAUAGCUCCUACAUUUGUCAGACUUUUCAAGGGACACUUUCAACAACAAUACGCAGCGACACAGCCCAACACCAGAGAGAGAGAGAGAGUAGUCAUUUAUGAAGGUUUGCCGGUGAAAAAUUAAAUGACCAUUAGCAAAUAGUUCAGUCCUUUUGCCCCCCAUAUAGAGAGAGAAAAAGAGAGAGAGAGAGAGAAAAGGGUCAGAAAGUGCCAAAAAUUCUAUAACCGUAGACUUCACACGCGUCUCUCACCAUCUUCUUUUUGAUUCUCGCUUUGCUCAGACUUUUACCUCCUCUUAAUUACAAUCUUAUCUUCCAAAUCUCACGUCUUUAUCAUCAUCUUUUUUUUCACUUCUCUCUUCACUGUCAACCCAUCUUUGUACUUUCUUGAUUUUCCGGCGAAGUCGCCGGUGAUUCAAUGUCGUCGACGGCGAUGAUCACGGCGGAGGGCAGCCGCUAUCCUCCGCCUCUCGCCUCCCAUGACGACGUCGUCAAAGACCCCACUCUUUUCUGGGACACUCUCCGUAACUUUCACUCUCAACUGGGUACCAAAUAUAUGGUACCUGUGAUUGGAGGGAAGGAGCUGAACUUACAUGUUUUGUAUGUAGAGGUGACCAACAGGGGUGGUUAUGACAAGGUUGUGUCGGAGAAGAAAUGGAGGGAAAUAGGCUCAGUUUUCAAGUUUUCUGCAACAACCACAAGUGCUUCAUAUGCUUUGAGAAAACACUAUUCUAGUCUUCUUCAUCAUUAUGAACAGGUUUACUUCUUUAAGCUGCAAGGUCCCUUGAUUUCCACAUCUUCAGCAGCUAUUGGGACAAUUGAUGGGAAAUUUGACUGUGGGUAUUUGGUGUCUGUGAAAGUGGGUUCUGAGAUUCUAAAUGGAGUUCUCUACUAUCCAGGCCAACCUGGCUCGUCUUCUAUGUCAACUAGCCAACCUUGUACUGCCAUCAUUCCAUACACUGCUAAGCAUGCCCAUUCAGGUCGGAGGAGCAGAAGAAGAAGGGGUGGUGAUCCCAACCGCCCGAAACCCAAUAGGAGCGGUUACAACUUCUUCUUUGCUGAAAAACAUUCCAUGCUCAAAUCUCUCUACCCAGAAAGAGAGAGGGAAUUCACCAAAAUGAUAGGUGAGUCGUGGACCAAUCUCAGCCAAGAAGAGAGGACGGUUUAUCAAAACCAUGGGUUGAAGGACAAAGAAAGAUACCAAAGAGAAAUGAAUGAAUACAAAGAGAGAAUAAAGCUCAGGCAACAAAAAGCCGAGGAAACAGCCGCUGGUGGUGGUGCUGGUGCUGGUGGCUAUUAUGCUCAAGCAGAAUAGCCCAGCACAGAAGACUAAAGGAGCAUAGCCUGAUACACAUGUUUUCUGUGUUGCAACGCAUGUAAAAUGUUUUUUAUGAAUCUGUUUGUGACUUCUAAAGUAACUUAUCUUGAGCUAUAGAAAGGUGAUAAAUACACAUUUGGAUA